UGACAUGCUCUUUGAACCACCCACCUUACCACUGUGCACUAAACGUCAAAACAUACUCGCACUUGUAAAUAUUUUAAAAGUUAUUUUUGCAAAAAUGGCCGAGAAGUACGGUAUAUCUGAGGAAGAGUAUAAGCUAAUUCAACAGCAAGCUUCUAGACGGGCCGAGUUGAGAAGAGAGUUUUUAAAACAAAGAACUAAUCCUUGGAAACAUGCAGCUGAAGCAGGCUAUGUCUUUGAUCCAGCACUACAAAAGUUUUUGUCAAUGAAAGCGACUUCUUUUGAGCAGUUCAAACCAAAUAGAACAAACAGUUUAUUCGCAAUCUGCGCUAUAGCGCCAAUGUUUGUGUAUGGCUACUUUAUCUGGAACGAGCGUAACAACCGGGAGCAGCAGAUCAGGAGUGGUGAACUCCGAUACAAGGACAGAAUGUUUAAGCUUGCUUAAACAGUUAGAAUAUUAAAUACAAUUAUUAUUAGUAAAAUGUUGAGUAUUGUGCUAUUUAUUUUUUUUCCUUAAUUUUAAUGCUGGCCUCUCAUACAAUGUUUUGAUGUGUCAUGUAGAAAAAUAAAAGUGUCAUUUUAA